AUGAAAAAGCAAGGGAAUGAAGGAAGGAAAGUGUUGAAACCAAGUCCCAAUGAAGAGGUUUGUUAAAAUUAGCGUUAGUCUAGUAACGACCGAACACUUCUGUAUAGAUAUAGCUUCCAUAUGCGUCUGGUAGUUUGAUUGUAGACAGAAUGUUUAAUAUCAAAUAAACGGAAUUUAAAUUUUCAGGCGAAUAUACUCCAAGAUGAGAAAGUCAAAAGGAAGAAGCAACGCUUAAAACAGGUACGAGAGUAAGAUUGAUACUAGUAUAAAUUUUAGUUGACUUUUUUUUCGUAUAAGUAUUCUUUGCUUGACGUUUCACCCUUUAACCCUCAAGAGUGAUUCGCAUCUAAUUUCUCCCUACAAUAUCACCCCAGAGACACACAUUCAGGUCAUGAGAAUAAAGAAAAUGAUCACUUACUAAAGAAGUUCUUGAUUGUUAAACAAAUUCUCCUCGUCAGCAACUUAGGGAUUGUGUAGAGAACAGUAUGGAGAAUAUGCAUUCAGAUGUUAGGGAGUAAAGGGUUAAAACUUUGAGAAAAUUUUUUGAAUUUGAUCAAUUAAGAGGACACUACCCCAUUAAAGCUUUAACUCCCAAGAUCUGAUUGUUAAUUCUCCUCUCUAGCUGCCAUGCUUUCCUUAUAAAUGACGAGAAUUUAGUUUUUGAUCAAGAUAACUUCUAUCUGAUAAGUUUGAGUAUUCUUACUACCUGUUUGCCAGAUAGCAUAAGGAUAUUAGAGAGAAGUUAUAUUUUAAUCUCUUCAGGGAGUUAAAGGUGUAAGUCAACCACUUCUCCCUACUUAUGAGUGUCAAUAACUAAUUACAGUUUACAAAUAUAUAAUCACAGUUGUAAAUAUUUGUUUGGGUUAAAAAUUAAAUUUGACAUGACUAAAUGACUUGAUAUAACUUUUCAAAAAAAAGUCGCAGGACCAGUAAUUCCUUAAUUGCAGAUUUUAAAAAAUUAUUUCAUAUACUAAAAGUGACUUCAUCAGGGUUGAAAUAUGACAAUCUGUUAAAUAUUUUGCUUUUGAGUAGGGUAGGGUCAGGGAUUGAGGGCCCACAGUAGUAACAUACCCUUAAAUGCUGUCUCCCUUCCCCCUCCCUCUCCCCCAUCAACACUGAAUUGAUCUUACUUGCUGAAUGCCUAGAUCAGAGAACAAGAGAAAGCAUUUUCUCGUAAAGUGCUAAAGGAUGCCAGAAAAAGAAAAAAUAUUGGGCUGAAAGAACUGACCUCUCAUCUGAAGGUACGUUACAGAACUUGUGAUAACAUUGCAGAAAACCUUUUCUUAAUAAAAUGAUGAGCUUGCUACGUUGAUAUUGACAACUAUGUCAUAUUGAGCUUAACCAUGUAACUCUCAAGAGUGAUGGGCUUGUAGUUUCUCCUUACAGUAUCACCCUUGAGUCAAAUGUAUUGGACAGGAGAAUAAAGGAAACAAUCACCAAUUUAAGAACCUCCUGAUUGUCAGGCAAAUUCUCCCUCUCUAUACCAUAGGAAAAGUUAACAGAACAGAUUGAAGAAUUUAAAUACUAAUCUCAGGGUGUAAAGAGCUGGGCCUUUUUUUGGUAUUUAGCAAUGUAAUUUUACAAAUAAGGCAAUUGAUCUGCUCUGAAUCCUCUCAAGUUUUUACCAUUCAUUGAAUUAAGGACCAAUGGGAGAUUGCACAAGAAAAGCGGAAAUUAGAUUUGGAGAAAAAAUAUCAAGAAAAUGAGGCAGAGUUUGGAUUGGGACACAGGACUGCUUCUGAGGUACUUAAUCAAAAACAAUUCAAUUUAUAGAUUGGUUUUUUUCCACAUCACCGAUAAUGAUGAUGUUUUUAAUGAAGAAAUUGAGAUGAUUUAAUUUGCUUCUUUUUUUUAAGGAUCAAACAAACUAUUCUAAACCAGAUAUGACUGUGGAGGAAAGACAGAGGUACUCUUCAUAUUUUUUGUCAGAAGCUCAUUGAUAAGUUUUUUUUAGGGAGACUACAUGGCUAGGAAAUAGCAUAAAGGACUCUGAAUGAAGGGGUCUGGUCUCAAGGCCCCACAGGGUCUUUGUGUUGAAUUCAUCAGCAAAUGCUUCCCUUUACCAUGCCCCUCUCACCUCAGGAGUAUAUCUUAGUAUGGAAGCUUGAUGGAUGCUGAAGGGGGGUGUCUGCUAUGGACCAGCAACCCACCCAAGAGGGGGGGGGGGAGAGGGCAGUUAUGGCCCUUUUGACUUCUCACACUUAACUCUUAAACUCUGACCCAUGAGUGACUAAGAGAUAUUUUCUCCUCACGAUAUCAUUACAGUAUUAAGCAGAUAAGUGAAGAGAAUAUAGAAAUAUAUCAGUUAGGAGAUUAUAAGUCAACUGAAUAUCAAAUUCUCAGCACUAACGUGAAAGGAAUUGUAUAACACACUAUAAAGAGAAUUAUUGGUGGGAUAUUUGGGUCACUUUCUUUAUAAGAGACUUUCAUGAAUUCUAUGCACUGAAUUCUCUAUACAAAGUACGUUUCUUCUAAAUAAUGUCAUAUAAUCACUGAAUGUCUAUUCUUUUUAUGAGAGGUCCUAACUACACCCAGCCUAAUCUAAUUUUAUUUUGCAAUAAUUUUAUAUUUCAGGGCAUCAGAGAGAUACAAGAAAGCACUAGAACAGGUGAAGGGUGUAAUAGACCAGAGUGGGGCAUCUCUUCUUUGGUGGUUUUAAAUAACUCUUAACAGUAAUUGCUAUCAAUGUUUUUUGAGACUUGUUUAAAAUCAGUAAGGAGGAGGGUAAUGGGUGGAUAAAGACCACAGAUUUGACAAACAGGCUCUGGUUGUUCAAAGAUUGGAUAACACUAUUUACUGGAUAAAUCUCUAUCUGGUGGAUAAUGCAGUACGUUUUGCUAUCGCUUAUCUGCUGGAUAGCAAUGUAUCCAUUGGAUAGAGUUGUCCACCCUUUAUACAACUGGUCUCGGGAUCACAGAUUUUCAUGCCCUUUAUAAAGGGGGGGGUCGUGAAUAAAAUAACAGAAAAUGAGGGAGGGGUAAUUGUCUUUAAGCCACUGUGAUCAACAGGAGAUUUUUAUAUGUUACAUUAGCCCUUUAAAUCCCAUGAGUGACCAAUUCAAAAUUUCUCCCCACAAUAUCCAUACAAUAUCAAGCAGACAUGUAAUGGGAAUAAAGAAAUAUAUGAGUCAUGGGAUUAUUAGUUGAUCCAAGACCAAAUUCUCUGAAAUAAUAGGUGAUCAGUGGAAAAGUAUGGCAGACAUUAAAGAGAAGUACUAAACAAUGAGAUGUUGGAAGUUAAAACAGUUAAAAUAAGAGCCAAUAAUUUUGAAUCUUUCGUCCUCUCCUAUCCAAUGAGAAGAUCACCUGUAUAUUCAUUGCAUGUUCCAGAUCAAUUUUUUAACUUAUUUUUCUGAGUUAAUGAAAUGUUAAUCAUCUGACUGGUUUUCAUGAAUUGAAAAGCUAAAAAUAUAAUCAGUAAAAGUCUUUUGUGAUAGUGUAGUCUGAUCAUCUGGGUGAGUGUAGUCCUGAGAAGGACUGUUGUCAUAGUGGUGACUGACAUUGUGACCACCUGAGUGGAAGUCAUCAUCAGAGUGAUGAUGAUGACUCUGACGACUCCUCCUCAGGUUGUCAAAAGGUCAGUCACCACUACUGACAACAGUCCUUCCGAGGACUACUCUCACCUGGAAAAUCAGGCCAUAAUAUCUCAUGUGAUGUCACGGUGAAGGUCAUUAUGUACUUUCAUUGGUCCUUAGUGAAAAUUAAUGACAUGUCAUUCCUACCUACAUGUGGCAAUCAACAUUCCGAUGAAGAGUAAUGAUAUCCUUAAUUUUUAGCUCAUGUAUGAAAGGGACAAGAUGACUCAGCCAGAGAGAGAACGCUUGGAAGGGAGGUAACAAUCUGCCUGUGAUUUGUGAUACAUGCAUUUUGAACACAUCAAGUUACAGAAGGCUUUUGAUUCUUGCAAUUGUUACUUGGAUCCAUAUUAAAUUUAACCCUCUCUGAUGUUCCCAGACAUUUUCCACUAGAAAAUUUUUUCAAGCUUCUUUCUCCCUCCCCCUCUUCCUGUCCAUCCUCCUCUCCCUCCCCCAUACUCUCCCUCCCCCAUACUCUCCCUCUCCCUCCCUCCCUUCCCCAAACUCUCCCUCCCUCCCUUCCCCUCUUCCUGUCUGUCCCCCUCCCUCCCCCUCUCCCUCCCCCCCCCUCCCUCCCCUCUCCCUCUCCCUCUCCCUCUCUCUCUCCCUCUCCCCCUCCCUCUCCCUCUCCCUCCUCCUCUCCUAUGUGUUAUCCCACAGGGUGUAUUUUAAUUGAUGAAAGAAACUUUUCAUGGUGUCAUAUUGUUUGGUCACUUAAAUUAUUGUCAGUUAUAAAAAUUUUAUUUUCUUUCUUGUUCUAGGAAGCUAGCCUUGGAGAUUGAACGUCAGCGAGCAGCAAGGAUUGCGUCUUUACCUCCAGUAGUUGAUCCCAUUAAGGUACAGGAACCUUUGUGUACCAAAGACCUUGAAAUUCACUCAAAUUUUUGAUUAGUGUGAGUCACCGGUAAUUUGUCUUGAGUUCUGGAUCAAAGCUAAAAUUAUAGAGUAAGCACUCAAUUAAAAUAAAAUAAACCAACUUAUUAUCAAGUAACCUAAUGAUUGCCGAGGGAGUGUAAAUUUUUCAGAAUACAAAUUGAAACUAUUCAAGCAGCUUGUAUUAAGUUUUCAGUCAUGAAAAAAAAAGCCUUAAAUCAUUAUCAGUAUAUAUUUUUGUACAUGGGUCCACAAUGAUAUCAUUCUAUUAAGCAGCUAAUUAAAAGAUAAAUGUCUGUCUGAGAUGAAAACUUAAAAAUAUGUUGUCUCAUGGCUGUUGAAGACCUUAAAUUAUUGAUAAUAAAGAAAUUACUUCUAAAAUUAAUAAGUUUUGCCAUCCAUUUUUUCUAGGACUUAAGUCAGGAGAAAGGUACAGGAGAAAGUUUGUUUAUUUGUGGUUCUCAAUAUUUCAUCCAUUCGUUUCAAGUUUAUAUAUUCAUGGUUUUUAUUUGAAAUGUUUUUCUCAAACUUGUUAUUUUACCAAGACCUACCAAAUUCUAACAAGAAGAAACUUGACAACUACGGUACAUCACGGUUUCACUUGAAACCUGCUGUUCUUGUGGAACGAGAUCUGGAUCUAAGUCAGGUAAACAUUGUCAUGAUUAACAACAAUUUAUUUUUUCAAGAGGCAAGCGUGAGGUGAGUGCAAAAGGUGAGUCAUGGGUGAAGGAAGAAGGGUAAAAAAAUUAUUUUGCACUCCUCAUAUGGCUUGUGCUUGCUACUGUUUGCCUGAAAAAUGCAAAAAAAUAGGCCUGUUCUGUAGGAUACCAUUUUUUGGAGUUGAGGAGGCAGAGCAAUCUGCCUUUGAAUAACUCUCGUACCAAUGGGAUUUCUCAUCACUUUAAGUAAUUAAUUAUACUCUAAAGGGGAAAACUUUACACUACUAAUUGCUUUAACAUCUAAAUGUUUUACUCCCUCAGGAAGAUGCAAGAGAAGCUGCAAAAGAUGAAGAAGAAAGGAUUCAAACAAUCAUAGAGGUUUUUAUUCCAGAGUUUAAAUUUUCAUCUACUGAGAGUUAAGCAAAAAUCACUGUGACAUUUAAAUCUUCCCCAAAAAAUUGGGAGUGUUUUUCAUUGUGCUUCAUUCCAUGUCUUGUUUUCUGUUCUGGUAGGAGGUUAAACGUGGUAAAGCUGAACAAAAUGAGAAGGCCAGACUAAGACACAAACAUGCUUUGGCUCAGCUACAGUUGGAAGAAGUGAGAACUUACUUAAAACACUUUUUGCUUUUGAGAAUUGUUACCAGGAGACAUCUCUAUUCAUUCACUGAGACUCAGACUUUGGUCCCAACCAAACAAGCACUCUUACAACCUUUGCAGAGUGCACCAAAAUAUUCAUUGGAUGGUCCAAGUGACUAACCAAGCACAUCUUUGUGAUGACUUGUCUAUGGAACACAUACAGUUUUGCCACAAUUGGCAGUAAUGUUUCUAUCUGAUUGGACAAUUUGCCAUUGUCAAACAGAGUGCAGACAACGCUGCUCAUGCCAACUUGUCACACAAUGGUUAUACACUAAAAGAAUCGUUUUAAUAGACGUUGAUAUUGUCAGUGGUAAAAAACAAAUUGACAGUGAUUUAACAUGGUCUGUAUUCAUAUCAACAACAAUAUUCGUCAUCACAGUGGUCAAAAUUUGUUGCAGACUUAUGAGGAACAGUGACAAAUUAUUUUUGUUGAUAAGAGUACAGACCACACUUGACCACUGUUGAUUUGUUAAUUAGAUCAUUUACUGAUCACCAAACAGCAACAUUGCAGAAUGUAUUGAUUUGUUUGCAUUACUGGUAUGUGUUUUGGUAGGACCAUGAAAGGCUGAUGAAAGAACUGGAGAGUUUGGAGAGACAUGAUCGCCAGCGAAGGCAAGAAGCUGUGGCUAGGAUCCCUGUAAGUGUUCCUGAUCAAACAUUAUGAUAUUGUUGUAAACUUCCUGCAUUUUCUUUAACAAUCUAAUGAGUGACCAAGACAGAUUUUCUGCCUACAAUAUCAAUACCACAUCAGGCAAGCAGGUAAUGAGAAUAAAGGAAAAUAUAAACUAGGGGAUUAUUAUUGAUCCAAUACCAAAUUCUCCAAACUAGCAUCUUAAGAAUUGUAUAGCAGACAGUAAGGAGAAUUGCAAUGGAAUCUUGGGAGUGAAAGGGUUAAAAACCAAGUUUUCUGAAACAAAAGUCAGAACACUUAUAGUCACUGGUUGAACUACAUUUCACAUAGCCGGGUAUGCUUUGCAAGCAGUGCAUGGUUUGCCUUCAUGCUACUCCACAAAGGAGAAGUUCCUUUGGAUGACAAAUUUGUAUCCCUGUAGGUGCGCAUAUUUCAGCCUCCACAUAAAAGGUUGGAGGAUGCAGAGGAUCGCCAAAGAGACUUGGAGCAAGCAUUUGAAGACAUGUACAUGAUGCACACAGGUUGGAGCUGUUGAUUUCGAUAUUCAUUUUUUUUGUGUGUGUGUGUGUGUGAAAGUUUCCAGGUGCUUUGUCCUGCAGAGUAUUUACAUUGUGCUUUUGACACUUCCUAGGUUACACAGGUGAUCUGACAGUUGCACUAGAACCUCCUGAGCAUCUAAGACCCUCAUCGGUAGAUAGCCUUCUAUCUGGUGAGUGUUACUGAGAAUGGUUUGAAUACAGGUGGUCAGAGUAACUGUUACUGUUGUUCAUGAAGUCCAAUUGUGCACUUGAGAUUGGUUCUCAGUAAGACUCUUUGGUAAGUGACUGACAUUUUGAGAACUUGAGGAGAUGUAAUCUUCGGAUUCAAGCAAGGAGUUGCUUGUCAGUUGGGUGUCUGUUGCUGUAAUGUCAUGGAUAGACAAACAAACUAGAUAGAAUCACUUAACCUCACUGACAGAUCAAAACUGACUAAUCAUGAGUAGCAUGAUGUCCUAGAAUUUAACAGUCAAGGACAUCCUUACAAAACUGACCAAUCAACUCCUGACUUGAAUCUGAUGAGGACUCUCAGGUGGGUUGUCAAAAUUUCAGUCACUGCUACAAAAAAUAAUUCAUUUUGUCACCUGGUAAGCUCAGGUUGUAGACUGCCAGAGUGUUGCAUGGGAGAUGAAGGGUUCAAGCCUCAGACUGGACCAACACUCAGGGUCUUGAAAUAAUUGAGAAGAAUGUGCCUCCUCUGCUAGUCUAGUCUGUUCUAGUCUUCUCACAUAAGGAUGAUAAUUCAUAGGCCGAAUGUCAGACAACUCGCCCCUUGGACAAUUAGCCCCAGACGAUUAGCCCCCAGUCUCUGGACGAUUAGCCCCCAGCCUUAGUUUAUGUAAAGGAGAAGUUACGUUCAUUUGUUGGUCAUUGACUUUUAUGAGUUUGUGGCUCCUAAAGGAGCCCUUUUUUUUUGUGAAUGUCUAUCUAUAUUAACAUUUACUCAAUUUAAAUUACAUGGGUUGUACGAGGUGAGCACCAGUCGAUAGACGCACCGGUUUUAACAGCGUUGCGGUAAUCUGCCUGCGACACGCCCGAUUGACAUUAACAAGUAGUCGCCAAUAAGUUAAAGUUUCGAAGUUUCGUCCCUGGUUUCUUUCCUUUCCAAUUUAAACAACAUGACGGAGAAACAUUCGUAACGUAUGUAAACAGAAAGAACACAGUUCAUUUUUGUAGAAUAUAUAAACAGAAAGAACACAGUUCACUUUAUAAUUCGAUACGCACGGCAGAGAAACGUUCAUAACAAGCAAACAACAAGACAGCAAGAACGCAGUUUACUUUAUAAUUUAACACGCAUGGCAGAGAAAUGUUCGUAAAAAGCAAAUAACAAGAACAUUGUUUAUUUCAUAAUAUAUGAUAGGGAAACGUUCGUAAAAAGUAAAGGGCAAGAACAUAGUUUAUUUCAAGGUUGGUGGGUUGGGGGCUAAUAGUCCAGAGACUGGGGGCUAGUCGUCUGGGGCUAAUUGUCCAGGGGGCGAGUUGUCCGGAUACCCAUAGGCCCUAUCUCCUGCAUAUUCAAACUUGUAAACUGCUUAAUUUAGUCUAGCUAAAGAGCAUCAUAGCACAGUAUUAUAGAUAAUGCACUUUAUAAAUUCCUUAUCACAAUCAUCUCAAGACCACCUCACUCUGAUGAUCAGACAACAAGAGCAAGUAAGUUUCCCUUUCAUAUCUAAAUUGUAAAAGAAUUGAAAACAGUGUUUAUGUUUUUGCAGAGAGUGAUCAAGGAUCUGCUGAACCAGUAGGAGCCAAAAAGGUGUGAUUAAUGAAAAUCAGUGAAAAGCUAUGAUGUUUAAUCUUAGUUUUAGCUCAUCAUUUGUAGCAGAGACCAGGUCUCAUAUCUAAGACCGUGUCUCUGUUACUUUUCUUGAUGAGGCAUUACUCAUUCCAAAAUGCAUGUUUUUUUUUUCUUCCCCAGAAAGUAUUCCAUGAAAAAAUUUUCCUCUAUAUAAUUAGGGCAUUGUAAGAAAUAAUGAGAGGUGUGUCUCAGUAGUGGGAUUCACAGUAGCCUAAUGCUCAGUCAACUGGACUUCAGUCAAGGGGUCUGGGUUUGAGACUUGGCUGGAUCAUUGUGAGUAAGACACUUUACUCUCCCCAUGCCUCUCUGCACAGAGGGGUAUAAGUGGGUUCUGGCAAUUUGUUAAGGAAGCCUGAUGAAAUGCUGGGGGGUAACCUUGCAAUGGACUGACAUCUCAUCCAGUGCAUGUUCCAACAAGUUUAGUGUUUUUCAUUGCCAUAAUGUAAUUCUUUAAAAAUUAUAAUUAAAAUUUGUACACAUCAGCCUUCAACCCCUCUGCUGAAAUUUUCAAUAAUCUCACUCAGAGUGGGUAUAUAAUAUCCUGGUCCACCUUGCCUAAGGGCCAUUCAGUCUGUGAGGAAAGAGUUAACCUUUCAAGGCUAGGUUUUUGUCAAAUCCUACAUGGUCACUUCUACAGUUCUUUAAUUAAGUUGUGUACCUUGUUGUUCCUCUCCCAAGUAAUCAAUAGCAAACAUUCAUAUGCUCACCAACUGUUCCAACAGCCACCACAACCCCCUGAUGCAGUUGUUCCUGAUGAGAGCUCAGGAGGAGCAGAACAUGGUGGUGAGCCUAAAGCUGGGCCUAAAAUCGCACCCCCAGGUUAUGGUGUCCCAAAGGGGCCUUCUGAAGGUGCACCCCCUACAGAUCCAUUGCAACGACUCUUAAAAAGGAUUGAGAGGCAGCGUGACCAGUGGAAGGAAAGGCAGCUUCCAGAAGGAAGGCAACCUCCUGGUGCAGGAGAAGCAGGUUGGAAUAAUGUGGACUAAAUUAAAUUUUAUAAAUGCAUUUUGUAAGGUUGAACGUUGUUGUGGCAGCUAGUUCAAGUGCUUUUUUUUGUAAAGAGAUGGCAGGAUAGGAAGUCAAGAUUUGGUUCUAAUGAGUUGAAAUUUUCCUUCUUUUAUUAGUUAGCAUGAUCUGUGAUUUAUGUCAUGUUAGAUAGAGCUGUUGUAAUUUACUGAAUGAGAUACUAAAAACCAUUUUUGUCAACAAUUGAUGCCUUUUUGAUUUCUACUCUAUAUAUAUACUGCUAGGAAUUCCUCGUCCAGUUACCUCAACACUUCCUCAAAGAACCCAGGAAUUCAGGUAUGACUGCCAAAUCAAAGAUUGAAAUGCUUUGAAAACAGAGUUGAUUAUGAACCAUGUUCUUCCAAGGCAUCAUGAAACAGAAAACAUGCCAGAAUCAUUUGGGAGAAUUUGGAUCCUUUACCUGAGGUUUAGAGAUGUGGGAGCUGACGUGCAAUCAGUGUUCCCUUAAUUGGUGUUAAUUGUGGAAGUCAUCAAUGGGCAAACCUUUUCUUUUUAAUUAACGAAUUCUGUUGUGAAUUUUACUGUGAUAAAAAGUCUAGUCUACUUUGUAGAUAUUGUUCAAGCUUGUCACCCAAUGUAUUGCGUGACAAAGCCAAAAAAUGGUUGAGAAGACCAAAAAUGCCUAACUACUGGUUAAAUCCAAAGAAGAGUCUCUAAUCUGAGAUGAAUUUUUUUAUGCAGGAUCCCAGACACCAUACCAUUUCCUGCUGCCCCAGAACAAAUCGCUGAAGCUGAAUUUUCAGGAGAGGAAGAGGAUGCAGAACCUGGAAGGACUGAUGCAACUGAAAUGGAAACACGGCAGCCAAUGCCAGGGAUGGAGCAUGAAAUCGACAGAGUCAACCCACCAGCAAGUGGUGCACGGACAUUGCUCCAUCCAUUAGAAGCUGCGCAACGAUCUCGCACCACCACCCCCAUGGUAAGAAGGGUAUGAAUCCUUUAGAAAGGGGAGGCUCAGAGGGCUCAUUGUGGUUUUGUAAUUAAGCCCCAGCAUAGAAGAAAUUCAUUUUCAACAUCAAAGCCCGACUGGAGUUGGUAACCUGUGGUUUGUUAACAACUUUUUGCAGUUAGCACCAGGUGGUUUCAUUAUAAAAAGGACUGCAUCUUGUGUUACACUUGAGUAACAGCUCUUUGUUUCUCUGAUUUUAUUUUAGCCAACAGCACAACUCAGCCAACAAGAAGCUCUUCUAGAGCAACAGAAACUCAAACUACAACUGCAACAGCAAAAUCUUCUUCAGCAGCAACUAGAGCAACAACUGCAAGCCUACCAGAGGCAACUUGCUGAUAUUUAUGGACAUGUGGAUAUGCCCGAAGGUCUAUCAGUGCCUGAAGGUCUAUCAGUGCCUGAUCAAAGACCCUCUCCAGAAGUACCAUUCACUCAUAGCCCCCCUUAUGACAAUGACCCAUUUCUGACAAACACUGUAAGUCUAUUACUUGAAGCCUAUUACAUUUAGCCUUGACCAACUCUGGAAAGGGAGUCUGACUUGUAAUUGCAAAAGUAAGACGUUUGGUGAAGCUUUCAAUUGUCUUCUUUCAUUUCAGGGAGCAGUGGACACAGAAGGCAGGUCAUUCCAUGUCCAAGCCCCACACAAUUCAGUACCUCAAACAGAAGAGCCCAAAAGUCCUUCAACAGAUGGCUCUCCAUUGCUUUCUGAUGCCCUCGAGUCCUCAACACUAGAGAGUAUCACCUCAGAUGAAUCUGGAAUGUCCUCAGAUUUCCAAAGAACAUUACAAGCAGCACGCUUAACAGCGGAAAAGGCUGCCCAGUUUCGGACGACAGAAAGGGAGAUUUUACAGGAGCAUGACAAGGCACAAUUGGAUGACUUCCCCUCUGAUAGAGGUCAAAUGUAUUUAAGAAAGGACACAAUGUCUGGUAGAGCAUCAAGCCUUCAAUCUGAGGAGCUUGUUAAUGUUUCAACUCCGUCAACUCUUUCGCUUAGUGUGACGUUAUCUUCUGAUCUAAGUGUGACAGCUGCUGUGUCACAGACCUCCCACUCUGGUCAACCCUUUCUUGACACAAGGUGUGUAUUUCCACCCACCUCCCAAGGUUGGUCACAGUACUCUGAUGUCAAGGACGCUACAAGCAUUGCUGCUGCCACAUCAUUGCUCAGUAAUGUAAAGGCCUUACAAGGCAUAGGUGUUUCUCAGCCAUCAUCAGCAAAUGUACAGCAAUUUUCUGUGUUGUCUUCAAGAACUGAGCCAUCGAGUCACUUUUCAAGGGCUGUGACACCACCAGUUUUGAGCAGUGGGCUAGCAAAAAAUUUCCCUGACACGAUUUCUGCUUUCCAACCAAUCACUCGUUCUGGUUAUUCUCCAGGGUAUUUAGACUUCUACCAACAAAAGAUGGAAGAAGAACGACAGCUCUUUGAAGCUCAAAGAACUCGUGUUGAGCGUUACAGUGACUUGUAUAAGAAAAGGACCCCAGGUGGUUUAGAUACUGAAAUGUACCAGGCUAAAGGAAGUGCAAGCAACAGUGUGCCUUUUUUAGGGCCCCUCACAAAAACAAGCCCUUCACUAUGGGAACAGCCUGUCAGGGCUCAUACCAACCCGGGUAGGAACAUAGGGGACACAAACAAAGAGAAUUUGGGUUUUGUAGCAAAUUCUACAGCAUUUCAGGGGCAAGACAGACUACAUGCUAUUUCACAAAGGCUUGGUGCCUUUGAAAAAUCACUAACCACUGCACCUAAUACUACAGUUGUUACUUCAUCCAGUUACACCCAGAAGCCCUUGUUCACAAGUGGAGACUGGAGUCAUGGCUCCAGCACAGAGUAUUUGUCCCUUCCACAUGAAUCUGAAGGUCCAAAUGCUCGAGGCAGCAUAGGCUCAACAUUUUCCACCUUGUCCGAGCUCACAGAAAUGAUGACACGCUUGACAUCCACAAGUGAUGAAGCUGAGAGCACAUCAUCCAAGGCUCAGGGAACAUCAGGUGCCUUAGAGGUACAUUCUUUUGGUACCCAUGGGAGACAAAUCGGCCUAGUCCCAGAAAGAACUUCAAUAGAGGGACCUGACUCAUCAGUUGGCCAGACAUCUUUCACUUCCUUAGAAAGGAACAUUAAUUUAAGGGGCUUAUCUGGGGAAGGGCCUUUAGCUUCAAGCACUGUAAGCAAUUUAGGAGCAAAAGGGCCUUUGAAUGCGGCACUUACUCAUGUUGCUUCUGAGAAAAGCACAUCAUCAUCAGGUACCGUGGAACACUCGCUGAGUUCACAAGGGUCACGCCUGACCAGGGGCUCAGAUGGGAAACAAUGGUUUGUACUUUCUCGAUCACAUACUAUGUCAUCUGGAGGUGGAAUGUUAGAGAAGGGUGGUGGCAUCCCAGAGGAGGGUGGUGCUGAUAAUGUGUUCUCUGAUGCUAAUGAAGGCAAAAGUAAGUCUGUAAUCUGUCCAGGAAGAAUUUAAAAUUUUAGAAAAAAUGAAGUGUUGGGAACACUCUUACCUCAAUUUUACCAAUGACAAAGGUUGCGUUUGGUCUUUGCAGGCCUUCAUCUAAUGAAGUUGAAACAUUUUAUUUAGGGGUUCUCUUAAUCACUCAGAUGAAAGGCUAGCGCCUGAAAUAUCAGCUUUAGAAACUCUCUACAAUGGCCAAUUUCCAUUAUCAAUUACAUUGAUAAAACCAAAUCAUCUUGUAAUCCCUUGCCAACCUUGUGCCACAGUUUCUUUAAAAACUUACCCCUUUAUUCAGUUUUCUCUAACCUUGAAGCAGAUAACAUUCAAAUAGAUAUGACAUAAAGUAUUAUCUCCUUUUUUGUAACAAGGUCACUUAUUAGGCACAACAGAGACUGGGUCAGAGGCAUCAAUUUCCUCAGGAAGUCUGUCCUCUGCCACGCUGCAUUCUGGUACCACUGAGGAACUUAAUGAAACAUCACCCACAAACAGCGAGCCACAGGGACAAACACAUUCAAUGGUAGGCUUUCUUCACAGGGCUUUAAUGUGGAAAGUGUUUUUCAGUCCAACAAUGUGCUCUCUGUCUAACCAAUCAGAGCAAACUUCAAAGAAAAAUUACUGAUUUUUUUCUUGUCUCUUUAUUUUCAGGUAUUUUCUUCCUCCCUUGAGACUCAUGGUGAAUCCUCUCCAUAAUCUGGUCACACUUAGGAACCAAAAGACAUCUCAGGUGUUGGUCAAACAUUCAAUAUAUGUUUGGGAAAUUUAUGGAGAUGGAAUGGGGAAGGCUUUGACAAAGAUCAUCAAAAUAAACUAAUUUUAAAAAAUGGUCUCCUUAUGUUUUCUGUGCCCGCAAAGCAUUUGUAGAGUAACUCAUUCUAUACAGUGCUAUCAGGUUGGAUUUUUUUUAAAAUAAUGGAUUGUGCUUGAAAAGAAAUCUUGGAGUUCUCCUCUAGGCAAGUUAUCUAACUUAACAGGGGCUUAAAUAAUGGGGAACAGUCUUGAAUAUGUUAAGUUAAAGUUAGGAAGUAUUUGUACAAAAAAGAAGGUAAUUCAGUCUUUAAUAAUUCAGGAUAGAUUAAGUGCCUGUUAUUAACCACAUUGCUUGCCUCCCAAAUCAUCCUCAAGAAAUGAGAUGUGGCUCUUCUGUAGCCUGUGUUUCCCAAAAUGUAUUCACUCUCUUGAUCUGUACAUUUAAAUAAUCAAAUCUUUAUAAAAUGUCUGUCCUUUAAAAUUCUGAAUGUAAUAGAAGCUGC